AUGCACCUCGGGGCCCCAAGCACACCUCCAGAGGUUGUGACCAGAACGGUGUCUGUCUCCAACUCUCCUAGCGACGAAUUCAACGACGCUUUUUGCCGUGACGAGCUCAUCCUCGCAUGGACGCUCUUGCUCCAAAGAGAGCGGAGCGAUGACAACCCAGUAGAGCAGUUCACAUGGGGUUCGACGUCUGUCGACGGAACUGAGACGGCGGUCCGGCUCUCACUUCCCGCCCUCGGCCUAACGCUGAACCGCACGACCAGUGAGCCUGUCUCAGCAUUCCUUGGAGCAGUGCGGAGCUCAUCGCGGAGUAUCGAGUCCUCGUCGCCCGAAUCGUUGUUCUUCUUAGAUGAGCCUGCAGUGUCAGGCUGUCCACGCAAGGGGGAAUCUGACGUAGAUUCACCGAAAUGGACAUUUCAGCUCAGAGUGUCAAGAGAAAGGGGCAAUCUCACCCUGUGGGGACUCUGGCCAAACAAGCAUGUCCCCUUGUCGGAGCAGCAGGCUGGCGACAAGUUAGACACCUUCAUCGAGCUCUUCAAUGUCAUUACAAAACAGCCUGAGUUGCCGUUGAGAAGACUUCUCGAUCCCCUGCCGGGGGACCUUAACCAGAUAUGGAGCUGGAAUGCUUCAUUGCCUCCAAUCAUUGACCGGACGAUGCACGACAUCAUCUCGGAGCAAGCCGUGGCCAACCCGACCAAAGUUGCUUUGUGCUCAUGGGACGGGCAGUUCACAUACGCCGAGCUCGACUUAAUGAGUACCUGUUUUGCUCACCACCUGUGCUUACUUGGCCUCACCGUCGGUACCAUUGUGCCGUUGUGCUUUGAGAAGUGCCGUUGGACAGUAAUUGCGCUGCUAGGCGUCAUCAAGGCCGGCGGCGCGUUCGCCCUCACCGAUCCGACCAGCCAGCCGGAGGCCCGAUUGAAGGUCAUGGUGGAACAGACUGGAGCCAGGCUCGUCGUAGCGUCUGCAUCCCAGUCGGAACUGGCGCAGCGCCUUGUCCCCGGAGACGGCAAGGUAGUGACUCUCUCGGAGGAAUCGAUGUCCUUUCUUCUGGAUACCCAAGAUGAACCGGCCCCACUGCCUGACAUUCCGACUGCCACAUCACCCUUGUACAUUCAAUUCACCUCCGGCAGUACGGGUAAGCCGAAGGGAGUUGUCAUCUCUCAUGCCAACUACACCAGCGGAGCAAUUCCGCGAGCAGAAGCCGUCGGAUAUGCUUCUUCGUCCCGGGUCUUUGAGUUCGCAAGCUACGCGUUUGAUGUCAGCAUCGACUGCAUGCUCUGCACUCUUGCUGUUGGGGGCACAAUCUGCAUUCCGUCCGACGCAGACAGGAUGAAUGAUCUUGGAGGCGCCAUCAGGUCGAGCGGUGCCAACAUGGCACACAUGACACCAAGCGUAGCUCGUGUUUUGGAUCCCAGCGUGAUCGCCGAUCUUGAUGUGCUGGGGCUGGGCGGCGAGGCUGUUUCUGCUGCCGAUGCGGCAGCCUGGAGCAAAGGGAAAACCAGCGUGAUUAUCGCAUAUGGACCUUCCGAAUGCACGGUCGGCUGCACAGUUAACAACACAUUUGCCAAGCACGGGAGCCAGAGGAAACUCUUCACCACUGGCAACAUUGGUAAGGGGGUUGGGGCGGUAGGCUGGGUUGUCGAUCCGGAGGACCACGACCGCCUGGUCCCCGUGGGUGCCGUGGGAGAACUGCUCGUGGAAGGUCCUGUCGUAGGGAUGGGAUAUCUCGGUGAGCCGGAGAAGACGGCUGAAGUCUUUAUCGAAGACCCAGCGUGGCUGACAGCAGGGCACGGCACCGUUCCCGGGAGGCGGGGACGACUUUACAAGACUGGGGAUCUCGUUCGAUACGACCGUGGUGGUUCAGGAGACUUUGUGUUUGUCGGACGCAAGGAUGCUCAAGUCAAACUUCGAGGACAGCGUGUCGAGCUCGUAGAAAUCGAGCAUCACCUUCGCCAUUCCCUACCGAGCGGAAUAAAGUUAGCAGCCGAGGUGAUCAGACCUGACGGAGGCGAGCCCACCCUGGUAGCCUUUUUAGUUGAGCCGCAGCCUUUGGGUGGAUUGACCGACGAGCCUACCGGAGAAAACCUUACCUUCUCGGACGAGCUGGCAAAGGCACUGGGCGGGAUCGAUGAGGCGCUUGGUGUCGUGCUUCCCCGGUAUAUGGUGCCAGUAGCGUACAUCCCGCUUCGGGACAUGCCAGUGCUACCGUCGGCCAAAAUUGACAGGAAGAAGCUCCGCGAGAUUGGAGCAGCUAUGAGUCGAGAGCAGAUCGCCAACAUAUCUCGCAGAAACAAGCGCACUGAUUUGGAGGAGCCAUUGACGGAAAUAGAACGUGCGUUGCAAGGUAUCUGGAGGUCAGUACUCGGGGACCAAGUCGACAUCUCCGUUCACGAUAACUUUUUCGCUCUCGGCGGCGACUCCCUAAGAGCCAUGAGGCUUGUUGCUGCUGCGCGGACGGAGGGCGUCGUCUUGACCGUUGCGGAUGUAUUCCGCUACCCAGCCCUUCGGGACAUGGCGGUCGUUGCGAAGAUCGUAUCAGCGGAACAAGGGGGCAGCAAUUCAGAGAUGGUUCGGCCGUUCUCGCUGCUGGAUAGCAGCUGGCCAGUUGAUGAAGCACGCGCCGAGGCGAGCAAGCACUGCGGAGUGGACGAGGCGGAUAUUGAAGACAUGUACCCUUGCACUCCCUUGCAGGAAGCGCUCAUGGCCCUGUCUGCGAAAGUCAAAGAGGCAUAUGUCGCGCAGCGGGUGCUGAAAAUGGGAAGCUUAGAGGAAGCGGUCAAGCUGCAAGCUGCGUUCGAUACUGUCGCUUCUACCUCCGCAAUCCUUCGCACCCGCAUCAUCCAAAUGUCGCAGCGCGGCCUUAUGCAGGUCGUGGUGAAGGAGCCCAUUGCCUGGCGGUCGGCGAGUUCACUGGCCGAGUACCUUGAGAACGACCGUGACGAGCAGAUGGACCUUGGGAAGCCUCUCGUUCGUUAUGCCAUGAUCCGCGAUGGUGGGAACGCCCACUUUGUCCUCACGAUGCAUCACGCCCUCUACGAUGGCUGGUCGAUGCCCCUAAUCGUCGAGAGAGUGAACCAAGUUUAUCAAGGCGUUCAGCCACGACAGCCCGCUGCCGAAUUCAAGCACUUCAUCCAUUAUCUCAACAGCAAACUCGACCGCGUCGCUUGCGAUACUUACUGGCGUGACCAGCUCGCCGGUGCCACAGGCCCACAAUUCCCCCGCCUGCCCUUCGAAGGUUACCAAACUCAGGCAGAUUCGCUGCUUGAGGUUGACAUUUCUCUCAAGGAUAGGCGUCUCCCCAUGUGCUCGAAUGCCACUGUCACGCUAGCAACCGUUAUCCGCGCCGCCUGGGCGCUGGUCGCUUCACAGUAUUGCAUGGGCAAUAUGGACAUCGUCUUUGGUGAGACGCUAACGGGCCGCAAUGCGCCGAUUGUGGGAGCUGAGGAGAUCGAGGGUCCGAUGAUAACGACCAUCCCCGUCCGGAUAUGCAUUGAUCGGGAAGCCACUGUGGAGGAGUACUUGCAAUCCGUUGCCCAGCAGGGCGUCACGCAGAUUCCCUACGAGCACGCCGGGCUACAGCACAUUCGACGACUUAGCGAAGAUGCUCUUCAAGCUUGUGAGCUGCGCACCGGCUUCGUCUUGCACCCCGCAGCUGGAGACGUGAAGGUGGAUGAGCGGACUCCGGCGAAUGGGCUCGUGCCUGCCGGCGACAGCGAGGCUGCGCAGGAAGCCCUCAAAUUCAACACGUACGCUCUCAUGCUGGUGUGCUCGCUGUCGGCAAAUGGGUUCUUCGUCAUGGCCAGCUUCGAUUCCAGGACGGUGGACAAGGAAACAGUGGGAAGGGUGCUGGAGCAAUUGCGCACAGUGGUGCACCAGCUCUGCGAACCCGAAGGAAAGAAGAUCAAAGUCGGCGAUGUGGAGUGCUUGACCACCGCCGACAAGAGAGAAGUGCAGAAAUUGAGUCAGCAGGUCGUUCUCGAAGGUGAAAACCUGGCUGAGCUCGGAUUGUCAGCCGAGGACAUUGAGGGCGCGUGGAUUGUUGAAGCAGCAAACUGCGAGCAGCCACUGCCUCGAGGAGCAGCGGGCGAAUUACUGGUCGAGACGCGGAAAGCCUUGGGCGCGCCUGCCGUGGCCAUUGGUGAACCCCGGUGGCUCAUGCAACUGAAGGCGGAAGGUACGCACCGGGGCGAGCAGGACGGAGGGAAGGCACGCGUGUUCAAGACUGGGCGCCUUGCAACUUUGGAUUUUUCUGAACACUGCAACACUUCCACGCUUCGCAUCCUAAAACCAGCAAAAAGCGAUGCGCAGAGAGUAGUGAAGCGACCGCAAACCACCGCUCCCGCUCUCUCGGCGACGUCGACAAAGCAAAAAACACUCCGGAGUAUUUGGAGCCGUCUGCUGAAUAUUGACCAAGACAAGAUUUACCUUGGUGACAGCUUCUUUACCAGGGGAGGUGACUCAAUCACCGCCAUGAAGCUCGUUUCCGAAGCGCGCCAACAAGGAAUGCAGCUUACCGUCGCCCAAAUCUUUGCCAAUCGGACUCUUUACGAAAUGGCCAACGUGAUGCAGCCUGCCCCCGCUGUGGCAGCCCAACAGGGUGUGUCCGCGGCUCCAGUGAGGGCUGACUACAGACCGUUUUCGCUGCUUUUCAACUCCUUCAUGGAGCGCAUCCAAGAAGCGCUUGAGAACAAGUCGUGGAAAAUCGCCGAUGUACUCCCUGCGCGUCCCUUGCAGGACAUCGCCGUACAGGGAACGGUGGAGCUCCCGCGGUUCUCCAUCCGCUACGAGCUCAUCCACUUCGAGGGCUUCGUGGACAAGGCCCAAAUGUUCCGCGCCUGCCAGGAACUGAUGGCGCGCAACGAGAUACUCCGCACAGUCUUCGUCCGCCUUGAUGCCGUGUGCUACAGCGUUGUUGUGGAAAACCCUUUCAUUGUUCCUGUGGUCGAGUACGAGAUCGACGGCGACGACGUCGACUCGUUUGCCCGUCAACUUUCCAGACUCGAUGCACAAACUCGGAUUCCAUAUGGGUCGUCGUUUGUCAAGUGGUUCUUUGUAACAAACGGAACGAGGUGCAGCCUUGUGUUCCGCCUGUCUCAUGCUCAGUAUGAUGAGAUUUGCCUCCCCAUUUUCCUGAACCAGCUCCAUCAGCUAUACCAAGGUUCCGAUUCGGUUCCUGUUUCAUACCCUUUCUCCGCCUUUGUCAACCAUACGCUCCAGGACAGCAUCCCCCGCGCAAUCCCCUACUGGCGCGAUCUUCUCGCCGGCUCGCCUGGCAUCUCGGUCCUCAAGCCUCACACGCCCGUCACCAAUCGACGACACUUCGCCAUCCAUCGAACCGUCGACAUCUCCACCCGGAUCCGCGACAUCACUGUGGCCACUCUGCCCUCCGCAGCCUGGGCCCUAACCCUUGCCCGUCUUCUCGGUGUUAACGAUGUCGUGUUCGGCGAGGUUGCCUCCGGGCGAGGCGUCGACGUGCCGGGCAUCCCCGACGCCAACUCCAUCACCGGUCCCUGCUGGCAGUACGCCCCAACGCGUGUCCGUUUCAACAGCAAUCCGCCGAUCCGGACUGGUCACGAGCUGCUUGUGGCGCUGCAGCACCAGCACAUGAUGUCGGCGUCGCACGACUGCAUGGGCCUGACCGAGAUUGUGCGGCACUGUACGGACUGGGACCCCAAGACCGUGACGUGGUUCGAUUCGGUCGUUCAUCAGGAUGUGGCGCACGUCGAGGCCCUGCGCUUUUUGGAUCUGACUGCCAGGUUCGAGACCAUCUACCCGUACGAAGAACCACUGCGGGAAUGGAAGAUUCAGGCGUUCCAUCAAGGGGAAAACUUGACGUUGGAGAUUGUCACCUUCGACUCGUGGAAGGAGCACGCGGUCCGCCUGUUGGAUGAUCUGGUUGCUUCGAUGGAGCAGCUGGUGCAGCGGCCCUGGGACGAGCUGGAUGUUGUUUGA